AUGGAACCCCAGUUUCCGCCAACCACCUCUGUCAAAUAUGGCAAGGUAUCCCUUGAACGCAUCACGCAACUCCUCCUUGGCCUUCUUGGCCAAGUCAAACGCCUCAAGCAAGAAAUUGCCAAAAUCAAGGAAGCAGGGAUUGAAACCCAGACAAAUGUCAAAAAUAUAUCCCAAACUGUCAAUGUUGUCAAGGAUGGGCUUCAAAGCCUCCAAGGACCCCGGACACCAGAAGGCCCCCAACCAAAGGCUGUGGAAGAAACGCCAUGCCCCCUACCAAAAGCCAAACCUACUGGAACAGCUAGUGGGGCCCCAUUCUGGUCAGAACAAACCCAGGCUCCCCCAGGCCUUGCCCAGCCAACCCCAAGAAGAAUUGCCCUCCCGCCAGCACCAUCUCCCCCUCCAUCUCCGCAUCUCCAAUCCCCAAUUGGAGCACCUGUCCCUACUCCACCAGCUCCAGUUGCCACCUAUCCCACCCCAGUCAAAGUAGACCACCCAGAUGCCUAUACAGGCAAGAUUGGGAGUGAAGCCAAGCAAUGGCUCACAAGGAUGUUGGCAUGGACCCAGUUGAACUUGCGCAUGUUCCCCACAGACCAAGAGGUCCUAUUGUUCCUUCUAAUGAAUAUGAAGGAUUCUGCAGGAGCAUGGGCCCACCCACACCUUGACCAGCUUGGGUCACACCAAGCCAUCAUCCAAACAGUUGAGGGGUUCAAAUUAGAGUUCCUGGCAGCUUUUGGCAACCCUGACACCACAAGGGCUGCUGAGCGGAAGAUUACCACCCUUACCCAGUCUGGCACAUGCGCAGACUACAUCACAAAGUUCAGGACCAUAGCCAUGGAACUGGACUGGAACAACGCUGCCCUCAGAGGCCAGUUUGCCUGCGGCCUUCAUUGGGAAGUCAGCCGCCAAAUUGCUACCCGCAAACACCACCCCCAAACCCUUCUUGAGCUGCAGAAUGCAGCACUUGUCAUCAAUAACACCCUCCACAAGGAGUGUGCUAGCCACCCGCCAAGGGAUAAUAAGCCUAGCAGACAAGCCAACCCUGCAAGGGGGACAAGUACCAGCCAGCCAACUACCAGUUUGAAGAAACUCUCCAACAACCCUAACUUUGUGUCAGAAGAGGAGAGAAACCACUGCUGCGCUGCUGGUGCCUGCAUUAAGUGGGGCAAAAUGGGUCAUAAAUUUGCGGAAUGCCACACGGGUUGGAAGGCCACCCCUAUUGCGGAUAAAGGGAAGGCAAAGGAAACCGCCAAAAUUGGCAAAGACUCCAAGUACCAAUUGGGAAAAGAGUAA